AUGGUCGAACUUGAUAAAGAAUUUCCUAAGAAAUGGCCAUUUGGCAUAAUUAUGACUGCCCAGUGGUUCGGUUGCUUUAUAUUGCUGGUCAUUUUAUAUUGUUCACCGUAUUACUACAGUGGGACAUCAUUUGUAUUUUUCUGCGCUUGGACAAUAUUUCUUGUCGGCUUUCUUACGUGGAUUGUCCAUCUACUUGGUUUUCAACGGCAGAUGUUGAACAUCGGACAAAUGUCCGCAUUUAUACCAUUUGCGCUUCUGUUACUUUGUCUGUUUUGUGCAGCAAUGUGUGGCUACAUGGCAAUCUUGCUGUAUCGUAGUACUCCAAAUGGAUUACUUUUGAACUUGAGAACAGUGAUAAUUGAGGGUGAUAAGACAAGCACGAUUACUACCGCAACGACCGCAACAUCUCCAGGAGUUUAUCCUCAAGGUACAAAUCCUGUAUAA